GUCCCUGAGGGCGGCGCUGAUCAGCCCUCCCACCAACAAGGACAGUCAGAGCCAAGAGAUGCCCGUGGGCAUUCAAGUGGAUGUUGACUGGUGCCUCUGAGUUUCUCUAUGUCCCAGAAGCUGAAUGGCAUCUCCACAGAGCCAAGAUUCAACUGCAAAGAAUGGACCACCAUCAACUAAGAAAAGCAGGAAGCUUUUACCCAGUCUGAAGACAAAGAGACCCCAGGACUUGGUGUUGGUAAUUGGAACGGGUGUGAGUGCCGCCGUAGCACCACAGGUCCCUGCACUCAAAUCCUGGACAGGGCUAAUUCAAGCUUUGCUGGAUGCUGCUAAUGACUUUGACCUCCUUGAGGAUGAGGAGAACAAAAGAUUCCAAAAAUCUCUCCGUGAAGAUAAGAAUCUUGUACAUGUUGCACAUGACUUGAUACAGAAACUUUCACCACGCACCAGUAACGUUCGGUCAACAUUCUUCAAAGAUUGCUUGUAUGAGGUUUUUGAUGACCUUGAAUCCAAAAUGGACAGUGUUGGGAAGCAUCUUCUGCAAUCAGUCCUGAAACUGAUGGAGAAUGGAACCCUGGUUUUGACUACCAACUUUGACAAUCUAGUUGAAAUCUAUGGAGCUCACCAAGGAACGCAGUUAGAGUCCUUAGACCUCACGGAUGAGAAAAAGGUACUUGAGUGGGCACAGGAGAAAAGAAGGUUGAGCGUGUUACAUAUCCAUGGAGUUUACACUAACCCUAGUGGUAUUGUUCUACAUCCUUUGGGCUACCAGAAUGUGUUGCGUAAUACAGAAGUAAUGAGGGAAAUUCAGAAAUUGUAUGAAACUAAGGCCUUUGUCUUCCUCGGAUGUGGCCGGACAGUUGAGGACACCACGUUCCAGUCGCUGUUUCUAGAAGCAGUGAGAAACAAGUCUGACCUGGAACACUUCAUGCUAGUGCGCAGGGAUGAUGUGGAUGAAUUUAAAAAGCUUCGUGAAAACAUGCUAGACAAAGGGAUUAAAGUGAUCUCUUAUGGAGAUGAUUAUUUUGAUCUGCCAGAAUACCUUGAACGGUUAACCAACACCAUCUGUUCACCAGGAAGGCAAGCAUCCAAUGUUGACAACAUAUUGAAGAAUCGUCCUUUUACAUUGAAUAGCCAAGGCCAGAGAAUGGAAACAGAUGAUGACAUAAAGCUGGGGAGAUGAGUAUGGACUUGCCUUCCAUAAGGCUGACUGUUGAAACACAGCCCCAUCACAGAUGAGAAUAAUAAUUGAUCACUGAAGAAGUUAAUCAAUACCUGUUACCGGUGUUGAACCUGAGAGAAAAUGGCUCAAAAGAAUGUCAUACCUUGCUGUCCUGAAAACACUCCCAUUUUCUUCACUAAGUCAAACUUCUAGGCCUAACAGUGACCAACAUGUAUCUCUUUUGUUUUUUUUACUCAUUAGAAUGAG